AAGCCACAAACCGUCAUCCUCGUGGCCUCCUCAGGUCCUCUCUCUCUCUCUUCCUCGCCAACGCUUCCAACCAAGUUUCCCUCAACACUUUCUCUUCUCUUCCCUCCUAAUUACACGUUUAACUUUCAUCAUGAAUCCUUAAACUCAGCUGCCCUUCAUUUCUUUUUGAACAUUCUUAAACACAAGCUAAUAGAAAUGGCAAAAUUCACCUCGAGACUAGAUUAUAACUUAGGUUUUCUUUCUCACAACACCUACACUUCCCAAGGCUCAAUCUUUCUUAAAAACACUUCACGCAAGAAUCUCCACUUGCAGUUAAGUCCUUCAAAGCAUCGGUUGAAUUUCAAAGUUUUAUGCAGUAUCAAGGAGAAAGAGAACGUUAAAGACGAGAGAGACAGGGCUGGUAGGUUAGUCAAUGGGGUACGUGUCGAGGAGCUGGACAGCAAAGCGGGUUUUGGUCGGGAAAGUGGUUCAAGGGAAGUGGGUUUUGAUUUGGAUUGGCCUCCAUGGAAGAAUAUUCCUAGGAGAUAUACACUCAUUGGCACCACUUCGCUUGCCUUUGUUAUUUGUAACAUGGAUAAGGUGAACUUGAGUGUUGCUAUAAUUCCAAUGUCACAUCAGUUUGGGUGGAAUCCGUCAGUAGCUGGAUUAGUGCAAUCAUCAUUCUUCUGGGGUUAUGCAUUGAGUCAAUUGCCAGGGGGUUGGCUUUCCAAGAUUUUUGGUGGAAGAAAAGUUCUUGAGAUUGGAGUAUUGGCUUGGUCGUUGGCUACGGCCCUUGUUCCUGUUCUUGCUGGAUUCAUGCCUGGACUACUCUUGUCAAGGAUUUUGGUUGGGAUAGGAGAAGGUGUUUCCCCAUCAGCUGCAACAGACCUUAUUGCCAGGUCAAUACCUUUGGAAGAGCGCUCCAGGGCUGUAUCAUUUGUCUUUGGUGGGUUGAGUGUAGGAAGUGUAACAGGGCUUCUUUUGGCUCCUCCGCUCAUCCAAAAUUUUGGUUGGGAAUCCGUAUUCUCUAUAUUUGGCAUUCUGGGGAUAGGCUGGUAUUUGGGAUUUCAUUUUAUUGGAGAAGGACGGGCUUUAAAUGCUGUAGAACAUGCUGCACUAUUGCAAUCAGCUGAUCAGAACAAGUCAUGGAAUAAUUCUCCAGAAGAAUCUGCUGAUCAGAAGAAUUCAUGGAAUAAUUCUCUAGAUGAGUUGCGUGCCUCACUGCAGGAUGUACCAUGGAAGGCAUUUUUCCGAAGUCCAGCUGUAUGGGCUAUGAUAUAUACUCAUUUUUGCGGAAGUUGGGGUCAUUAUACUUGUCUAUCUUGGCUUCCCACCUAUUUUAGUGAGGAACUGAAUCUAAAUUUGACAGAAGCUGCAGAGGUUUCCAUCCUUCCUCCUCUGGCUUCAGUUUUUGUAACAAGCAUAGCCGCACAGUUUGCUGACAACUUAAUUUCCAAUGGAGUUGAGACAACUACGGUGCGAAAGAUUUGCCAAACAAUUUCCUUUUUAUCUCCGGCAAUCUGCAUGAUUCUAUCUUCUCUUGAUUUAGGACUGCAACCAUGGGAAAUUGUGGGGAUCCUCUCCAGUGGACUGGCUCUCUCCAGCUUUGCCUUGUCUGGGCUUUAUUGUACGCAUCAAGAUAUGUCACCGGAAUAUGCAAGUAUACUUUUGGGUAUUACCAAUACUGUCGGAGCAGUGCCUGGAAUUGUAGGUGUUGCCCUUACUGGUUUUCUUCUUGAUUCAACUCAUUCAUGGAGUAUGUCAUUGUUUGCACCGUCAAUAUUCUUCUACUUGACUGGUACCAUUGUCUGGUUGGCAUUCGCUAGCAGUAAGCCUCAAAGCUUUUCGGAGAGUGACUGACCGUGGUUCUGUGCUUUCUAUUGGUGUUCUUGAUUGAAGCAUCCAAACUGAAAUACACGGUGUUUAAGACACAUUCUACUUAUGGACGAACAGUUGGGCCAAUCUGAGAGGUGGUUUGUUCUCCCACAACCUGUUAUGUGACAAAUGACAAAUUUGUUGUACCAGAGAUUGACUUAAUGGUAGAUAUCUCCAUUAACACACAUUCAGCCUACUGAAAGCUGUUAGGACAACAAUUAGGGUAAUAUCUACGCUAUUGUGCUUCCUGUCGAAGGAUGGAUUUUGCAGGUUAAAUGCACCAGUGUUUGGCUCAUCGGUAGCUACAGAGCAGUAAGGUUGUUUUGUUUCUCAUGCAUCAAUUCGUCACAUCUAUGUAUAGACACUCAUGUUUAUUGUAGAAACCAGAAUGAAGAAAGGAAUUAUGAGUGUUUUUGAAAAACGUAUGUUGCAUUAUAUUCUUCACUAUGGAAUGGGUAAAAAAUGAAAUAUUUGCAAUGUGUUC